GCACUGCUGUUGGACUCGCCGUCGUUGCUUUCAUCCGUCUGUCUGUCAAUUCUUUUGGUGCACUCAUCUGUUGUUCAACAUGCAGUCUGCGCCUCAUCUCCGCCCCCUGACCUUUCCUGAGCCCUUUUUGGUCUAAUCUAUUUAUCCAACCUGCCCUUCCUGUUUUGAUAUUCUUUUUUUAAAUCUGUGAUAAAAUAGAUAACAUGUAAGCUAUUUGGAAGGAGAAACAUGUUAAAUUUAAGAAAGGGAUAAUAUUCUGAACUUGCAGAGGCUCAUCUUUCACCAAUUAUUGUGAAGAGGCUGAGCAGGACUACGACUUAGGGUGUGUUUUAUUUCCCUCUUUACUCCAGGCUUCAUACACCAGCCAAUGCUACAAAUUAAUAUAAAUGUUCAUGUGCAGUGUUGUUGCACCAUAAUCCUGCAGUAAGGGACAGAGGCAUGCCCAAUGUCGGUGGGAGGAGAGGCAUUCACUGCAGCAAAUUCUGCAGUGUUUCUCCACAAUGAAGUCAGGGGAAAUCACACUUAUCCAGCCACAGCCUCUUAAUUCUGUAUAUCUUAUGAUAUGACCAGAAACUGACAGGCAGGGACAAGUCAUAGAGUGAUAGCAUGAUAGUGUAGCUUUCUGUGUCCGUGUUAUGGGCUGAGACAGGCUGGCUGUCUCUAGGUCUCUACCAACCAUGUCAGCCCCAGCACAGAUCCCUCUCUUAUCUCGUUCCGCAGAGGAAAGGAUCUGACAGCCGCACAGCAAACAAUCAUGAACUGGAGGGAAAAAAUACCAAACCCUAGUAGAAACAGGAAGUGAGUCAGCGUAGUCCUUCUCUAUGGUAUUAGAGGCAAGCAUCAGCUAGUUAAAACUGACAUGUUAUUUUUCUACCAAAUAUCUUAUAUAUAAUAAGUCAAAGGAAGGCAACCGUUUCCUCUGAAACGCCAAAGAUUAAAUCAAACGUAUCCCAUCUGAGACCUUGUGAGCGGAGAUGCAGUGUGUGCUGUGUGUGUGACAACCACUCCCCUUCACAAGCACUAACCCAUACAAGCCAAGCUCACCUCCACCAUCCUAGAAACUUACCUUUACUAUGGCUCAGCCUGCUCUGUUCUGCCCCAUUUCCUGACCUCCUCUUUUGUCAAAGAGAACUAAUUAAGCCCCGUUGAGCCAUCACCUUCCUUUCUGUGCCUGAUCCACCUGAGACUAACAAAGUUGUUUGGUUAGUUUUUUUUUUAUCCAUCCACCACCCCCAGCCCGCCCCACCUCUCUCUAUGUGUACCAUUCACAGUGCUCUACUAAUACCGACGAUGCUUUUUGUUAAAACUCUUAACAAAAAGCUGCAUGCUGUUUUUUUUUUUCUGUUUUGUUCCAACCCCCUCACUUGCUGUUGGUGAAAGUUGAUGUCAAUCUCUUUGUGAUUAUAAAUAUCCUUUUUGUUUGGUUUGUAUGUUUUUCGUAGAAUGCCGCACUCUGGUGAAUGUUAGCCAAGCUUGGAAUAGUUAUAAUCACAACAGAAAAAACACUGCUUAUUAAGAAAUCUCAUAGUUUCCUGUUUAUUUAUGCUUGAGGAUGUACUGUAGUGUGUAGUGGUGGGACGGUCUUGCAUUUCACAUAAUGUUUUUUUUUUUUUUUCUUGCUGACCCACACUAGUGAUAUAACAGUCUCAGACAUGCACAUUGGGCCCCACAGUGUGCUAGGAAUUCCUGUUGUGGAUGUUCCUCAAGCCUCUCUGAUUCGUUAUCAGUUGCCUGGUCUUGUCCUCAUUGAUAGUGUAGAGUUUGCCCUAACAAUCAUUAGUAUUGUCAGUAAGUCAGAACAUCUGUGCAGUGGCACACUCUGGGUCCUCUUAAUAGCUUGAUUUAAAGCUACUGUGAGUGUGCUGCAAUUGUAAAAGUCAUCUAGCCUUUAAAAUAUAGAUAUUCUAUACCAAUUCUGCAUAUCUGGUGAAACAGAGUAACAAGACACCAUUGUAUUUACCAUAAACUUUUAGGACAUUUAUAUAUAAAUAUAUACAUAUUUACAUUUGCUAUUGGAAGGAUAUCUUUGUGAGUGGUCAAAUUAGAAGCUUGCUAAUGACAUAUUUUCUUGAUAAGACAGUGUGAACAGGAUUGGAAAGAGAAUAUUGAUAACAGACCAGAGAUGAUGGAGGUGUCCAAGAACAUGCACAGCAUCUAUCUCUAGUACAUCUAGUGGGGUUACAUGCGCACAAUGUCUCCCUAACUUCACCUGCACACCCACAUAUCCCCCUCACGUUUGCAUAUUCUAUCCACCCUGGGCCUUGUAAUGGUAAUCCAAGGCCCACUAGCUCCACGUCAGUCUCUUCCUCUUGCUGUAUUGUUUUUUGUGACAGCUGCAUAUGUUUCAUCGUGCUCCCCUUGUCAUGGUUGCGAAAUCACAGCAAGCUUGGAAUUUCUGGUCUUUGUUUUUGUUAAUGCAAGAUUUCCAUACCUGUUUUGUGUCACUUUUCUUUGUGUACUAAGAUCUUGCUCUGUAGUGGUUCAUAUAUGUAUGCGUGUGAUACAUAUAUUACCCUCUCCUUCCUCCUCCUCUUAACUUCUCAGCUAGUGAAUGUGACUUGAUGUUUUAUCUUUAUCAUCCCCAAAUAUAACAGAAAUGCUCCCACGCAACUCCUUUGCCUUAAAAAGAUUUACAAUUAACUGUACUUCCACGGUAGGAGGGUAUCCUGUAGUUUACAGGCCACACAUAGCCUCAUGUAUUUAUCAUAGUGGAAACACUACUAUUCCUCUCAGUCCCCCCCCUCCUAUCUCCCUCCCCCACCCACCCCCAACUACCACUCCUUGUGCUGGAAGACACUGAUGUUACACGCUGUAGGUGAUGUGGAUGACGAUAAUGAUGAUGGUGGUGGUGGUUGUGCUGAUGAUGAUAGCGUGAUCUGAGUGUUUUAUUUUGUUUUGUGUGUUUGUGUUUUUGACCCGUGCCCUCGGGGAAAGCUCAUCUUAUUAUUGGAAUAUUUUUGGUUUUUUUCCCUCUGUUCUCUCUGCUAGGAUAACAUCGGACACCGGCUGCUUGAGAAACAUGGCUGGAAGUUGGGGCAAGGACUUGGCAAAAGCAUGCAGGGUAAGGUUUGUUGGAUCCCUUCUGUAUGUCAUUAUGUGUGUGUGGGUGUGUUUUCUUUCUCCCACUCUGCCGUUGACCUCAAUGUAACACCCUUUUACAGUGUACCGUAGGCUAUUGGCCUCUGUCAGCUUCUUCCUCUUUGCUGCAUAAUCACUAAACCUUUAUUUCAAUCUGUUCGAGAGUAAAAUGCUUCGAUUUAAAGCAAGAACAAUAAUCUCUUUUGAAUCGAGGUAGCUGUACCAUGAUUCCAUCAAAUCCCUUAGAAUCAUCAUCUCCACGUAUUUUAGAUUUGUUUUUCCUCUUUGAGUUUCCGUGGCUGCUGUCGGGUAUCUGAUUGGCUGUAACCACGGCUCAGACUUUGAAUGGCUUGCAGAGUAGACACUUUUUUCCCCCGUCUGCUUGUUUGCCUGUUUCUAUCUCCAAACCUGUUAAACUUGUGUGAAUGUGUGUGGUCAUUAUGUGGGACUGAGACACAUAUGUGUUUGUGGAUAUGUGUGUGUUUGUUACUGACUGGGCAAUAGAGUCAACUUACAGGGAAAACCUCACCACCCUCCUACACCGAAGUCUCUGUUCCCAUGGUUACACUCCCAUCCUCCCCCUGUUUAUUUGCUCCUCCUGCACAGCAUGUUUGUCCCAGAGGUGCACAAUUGCCUGCCCCAGACUGUCACUCACCUGGGUCUUUAAGCAGUGGUGGCGGUAAUGCACUGAACUCCCACUUUCACAGUCCAAACGGCUGCACAGUUCACAUUUUUAAGUGUAUUUUGGUUAAAUAUUGCAAUGCAGAAACUGCUCUCAGCACUGCUUAAAGCUUUGCUUGCUACUUCCUCAGAUACAUUUUAAAUAUGUGUUAUAUGUUCACUUUUUGUGGGGUUAAGCACAUCCCAAACAAGCUUUGUGGCUUUAGGCUAGGGAGGAAAUGAAGGAAUCUCAGGCAGAAUUACUAACUGGUUUGACAAGCGUUUGCAAAGCAAGAAGCUCAAAGCGGGAAAAUGGUGGUUGUCCCUAGAGGCACUUAUCUUCUCAUCUCAAUAUAUUUGACCAAGUUUAAAAAGGCUCAAAUGUUUCCCUGUACCACGCACUGUAAAAGUAGAGGUUAGCUUUGAUUCACAUAUUUUGUUAAAUUAUGCAACUCCUGUCUUUCGUUAUCUGUACGACUUGAAGUACCAUCAGUUUUUUUAAUCACUCCCUCACCCACUACAGCAUUAGUAGUGUAAUGGACCACGGUUGAUCAGUUUGGAAUGCAUGUGAAUUGCAGAUGAAUGUCAAAGUUUACAUAUUGUUUUAAAGUACAGUUUGUAACAUGUAUGGGAGCCUUUAGACUUCCCAGAUACAUCUACAGGGACCGGCCCACCAGUCUGUGGGGGUAGCGCUGGUGCACCGGCACUGCUCACAGUUUGCGCUCUUGUGCAACAGGGGACAAAUGACAAGUGUACAGACCAGAGAGUACAAAGAAUAGUUCUCUUGUGUGAGAGAACGACAGUGUAUGCCAUUUGUGGUUAUGCAAACAGCUGCAGCUAUGACGUCUCACUGCUGGCUGGGCGAUAUGGGAAAAAAUCGUAUCAACCUAAUUUUUUUCCGCAUCACUCCAUUUCGAUAUAUAUCACGAUAUAGAUCAAAUCACUAUUUCUGCUAUAGCUAAUUCAGAUUGUAAAAAAGAUUAGUGGUAUAACCUCUUUGUGGAAACCUUCAACACAAUUUUGCAGUGCUUGCUUCUCUGCUUCAUGUCGGACUUUAAAAACCCCAAAUAUCUCCACACCACCGAAUUCUUCUGACUCUUCUUUUCAGCAAUGUCGUCGUCUUUUGAGCCUUUGGCUAAGUACGUUGGGGAGUGUUCUUCGGUAACGCUGUCGCUCAAGUUUUGGUAAAAAUUUGUGUCGUCAUUUUCUCUUUUAGCUCACGCCAACUCUGGGGGUGCCGUUGUGCACAGCAGCUGUAGCCACAACAGUAGCAUGUGUGCUGCUGCCAGCUGCUACUCCUGCGCUCUAUGUUCUGUGCGUUGCGCGGCGCUAUUCUCAUUGGCGCGUCGUGUUUUUGUCAAAACAUACAUGGAAUGAGUUAUACCAACGUUGUAUCGACCAUGUCUUGUAUUUCUAUUGAGGAAUUGUUAUUUCGAUAAACAUAACUAUUGUUAUCGUCUUAUCGCCCAGCCCUAUGUAGCGAUAUAAAUUGGAAGUUGGCGGACCACCACAGUCUAGAUUAUAUAUAGGGAAAUACUGAAGACAAAACAAUAAUAGGUUAUUUUUUAUUUACUGUCCUGUUGCAAUUUAAUAUUAAGUAUUUUGUUUUAAAACUUGAUUUAAACAUAGACGCCUUGAAUGUAUAAAAGUUCUUUAAUAAAAAAAAUCGAUUUAUAUUUGUCUCCCUUUUUCUUCCAUUAGCAAAAAAAAGAUAUGAUCCUUGACUAAAAACCAUGAUCUGAUCCGAUCUGUGAGUUUUGAGCUCUGUUACACUGCUACUAGUUAAAUACAUCUGUAUUUUGCUUUAAUACUACAAGGAUAUAUGAUGUUUGGUAUACUUUGUAAGGGGUGGUUGUUUGGUUUCCUAAGAGUAUACUGUGGUUGAGAGAGAAAGAUGAUGCCAGGUUUAGGGGCCUGGGCAAAGGGACCAGUGGUUGGAAGAGAGUGGUGAGAGGAAAUCCCUGUAAGCACUUAGCCCUUAGUAAAGAGAUGAGGGGGGUGGGGGGUGACAAACUGAAGCCCCUCUGGUAAUGAACCCCCCUUAACCCCACAAUCACACUCCCAACCCUACCUUCCCUUCUCUAUGUGCCUCAAUCUUCCUGCUUAACCAAUUGGUGUUUCUUUUUUACAGCGAUUUGAUCCUGCCCAUGUUGUGCUGAUGGUAAACUUAGUGGACGCACCGACCCUGUGCCCAUUACCCUCAAAUAUGAUGUCAUGGGGAUGGGACGGAUGGAGAUGGAGCUGGACUAUGCAGAGGACGCCACAGAGAAGAGAAGAGUCCUGGAAGUUGAGAAGGAGGAUACAGAGGAGCUGCGGCAAAAAUACAAGGACCAGGUGGAAAAGGAGAAAGCCAUUGCAAAGGCUCUGGAAGACCUGAGAGCCAACUUCUACUGUGAGCUAUGUGACAAACAGUACACCAAGCACCAGGAAUUUGACAACCACAUUAACUCUUAUGACCACGCUCACAAGCAGAGGCUUAAAGAGCUGAAGCAAAGAGAAUUUGCUCGUAAUGUGUCCUCACGUUCACGAAAGGGUGGAAAGAAGCAAGAAAAGAUGCUACGCCGAUUACACGAGCUGGCUGAGCAGAGGAAACUCCAGGACCGUACUCCAGGAAGUGGGCCCAUGUUCAAAACGACCACAGUGGUUGUGGAUGGAGAGAAUGCAGAAGAUGAUGACAACAUGACGCUCGAGAACCCUGCUUUGACAGAUGGGGCCCUUGAAGAAUCACUGACAGAAAAAAGUGGGCAGACCUCCCCGAAGCCUAGCCCGGCCAUCAGCUUCUCUCUAGGAAAGAACAGCUCCUCAUCCCCAAGUGGUUCAUCAAAAGUCAGUGUUUCCUUCUCUUUUGCCAAGAAAGCUCCAGUAAAGCUGGACACGGCGGCUGCAGUGUUCGCUGAUCAUGGUGAGGAGGCUAUGGAGGAAGACGAGAACCAGGAAGGGGAAAAGACAGCAGAACAAGAGGAGACGACUGGCUGCGGAACAGAAAGCCCGAAAGAAAUAUCAAUAGGGGUUGAAGUAGCCGAGGUUGGUGGUCCGGCAGGGACGGAAGAGGUGGAGCAGCCUGAUAAUGGAGGCUCUCUAGCCUCCACACUCAACAAGCUGAAGAUGAUGAUGAAAAAAGAGGAAGGAUAUGCUGGACAGGAGCCUCAGUACUAUCACUAUGUACCUCCAGCUUACUGCCGGGUAAAACCUCACUUUCAGUUUUUGCUGUUCAUGAAAGCCACUGAUCAGUGUCUGAUCAAAGAAGAAGACGAUGAUGAUGAUGAUGAUGAUGAUGAUGAUGAUGAUGAUAAUGAUGACGACGACGAUGAUGAUGAGGAAGAGGGGCCAGAGGAAAAAAAGGGUGAAGAUUGUCCUGAACAGACAGAAUCCAAUGUUGCAGAUUGUAAGACUGAUCAAGAACAAGAUCAUGAACUAAAUCAAGAACCAGGAGAUGCCCCUCCAGCUCCUGUCCCAGACCAAAUUCCUCUUUCGCCUAAUGUGCAGACAGAGGAGGUUUCUUCAUGCGCAGUAGAAACAGCUUCUAUGGUACCCACUUCACCUAUACAAAAACCAGAGAGCACACAGGAAAUUCCAGAUUCAAAUUCAGGCCCUAAAAUCCCCACUGGACCCUUCUUCCCAGUUCUUAGCAAAGAUGAAAGCACGACCCUGCAGUGGCCCUCUGAGCUCCUCGAAUUUACAAAAGCUCAGCCUUCCCUGUCUUACAGUUGUAAUCCUCUCUACUUUGACUUCAAGUUAUCCCGCAACAAAGGAGCGCGUGGUGGUAAAGCAGCAAAGUCCAAAAAGCCUGAAGAAUCUGAUGACAAGGGACAAGAAGUAGCGACCUCAACAGCGGAAGUAGAUUCAACGACUAAACCUGGGACCAGCACUGGUAAAGAUAAGCCAUUGACUAAGGGAGAACCUGGUAAAUCGGAAGGUGAUCAGCCAAAGCCUGCAACUGACAGCAGUAGUGUCAAGAAAAAAAAGAAAAAGAAGAAGCAUAAGAAGUCUGCGAAGCACUCAAAACACAAAGAAAAAGCAGCAGCAGCAGAAGGUGCUGAAGGAGUGACGGAGGCAACACAAGAAAAGCCCAAAAAGAAGAAAAAACACAAACGGAAGAAGAGCAAAAACAAAGCUCCUGAUCAGGAUGAGGCAACAGGUGAUGAAAAAGAUAAAGCAAAACCAAAGUCAGAAGAAAAAGCUGUUUCCUCCUCCGUUCAGCUGACACCUGCAGUGGGAGGAGCUACAGGAAAUACAGGAGUUGAGCUGGGGAAGAGGAAACGUGCUACUAAGGAAGUGCCUUCCAAGUCUGGAGCUGAGGAGGGAGUAACCAGAAAAGGUACCGAUAAGGCCAACGCUUCAGAGGAGCACAGUGGCCCCAAGAGACAAAAGACAGACUCCAGUGCAUCGCAAAGUGCCUCCUGCUCCACCUCAGCCAAGAAGAGUCCUGGUCCAGGUAGACCCCCUAGCAGUGAAAGUGAAGAAGAAGGCGGCUCAAACACUCAGCGCUCUCGUCAUCACAGGUCAAGUCCCCGGGAACAACGCCGCCACCGCAGCGAGGAAUCAGGGCGGUCCCGUAGUCGUUCAUCAAGACGAGGGGAUAGACGGGGCAACAGUCGUCGGCGCCAUCGUGGCCAAACCUCCCACAGUCACUCCGACUCCAGCAGCUCGGAGCGCUCCUCAGCAGGCAGCAGUGCCUACAGCCACCGUAGCCGCAGCUACUCUGACAGCUACAGCGACUACAGCAAAGAGGGGCGCAGACGGCGGCGGAAGCAAUCGUCAGAGUCGGAGUACGAGCGGAGAGGUAGCCGAGGGCGCAGACGAUCUAGGAGACACCAGCACUCCUCUUCUUCCUCAGAUGACUCCCGCUCACGUUCACGCAGCUACAGCCGCAGAAAAAGGCACCGACGUCACCAUCGGAGCAGUUCAAGAAGCUCCAGCAGCUGGAGCCGCAGCACCAGCGCAAGAUCCUGGAGGCGCAGCUACAGCCGAAGCCACAGCUCAGCCAGCCGCUCCUCCAGCUCCGCCAAAGUCUCCCCUCAACGACGAGGCCCUAGGGGUCGAGGUGACAGUGACGCACAACGCAGAGACUUUAACCGCUCAAACAUCUACCGCUCCCAGUCUCCACGUUCAUCUUCAUCACGAGGCCUUAACCGCAAGACCCAUUCCUCCAGCUCACAGGCUCUGAGGCCUGGAGGAUCCAGAGAUGCAGGAGAACAGAAAAACUCCCUGACAGCACGGCAACUUCUGGAGAAGAUUCAGUCCAAAAAAAGUUCAAAUGAUUCUGGCACUGGAACAAAAACUGGUCUCAAGAUUAAAGACCCUCCUCAGGGCUACUUUGGUCCAAAACUACCCCCGAUCCUGGGAAGUAAAGCACUGCUUCCACUUUUUGGUAAACUGCAGGCAGGGAAGAAACCAGUGAUUCCUUUAACCAGACCAGAUGAGGGAGCGAAAUCAGGAACGGGGAAGGGCUCUGAGGCUGAGAGAGAAGUUAUCCUGGUCGAGCCAAUAAGAGAGUUCCCUCCUCCACCACCACCUCCAGCUCCACCAGUCCUAAAGGUUGAAGAGGCUCCACAGAGCAUAGUGGUACCUGAGGAGACGCAGCAGCCCACUACAGAAGUCCAAGUGCACCAAGAACCCCUGCCAUUGUUCGAACAGGAGCCGUCCAUAAUGAUGCCUCAGUACCAAGCAGAUUCAGGACAGGACCCCUCACAGAACCCCAUGAUGGAGUCCCUCAUGCCAGAAAUGCAGCAGCAGCCCCCAAUGCACGCCUACCCUGCUUAUCCACCACCCAACCUGGAGGAGGACUGCAUGGAGGCAGAGGAGGACGGACUGGCUCCUCUAGAGAGUCAGCCCAUCACGUUCACACCGGAGGAGAUGGAGAAAUACAGCAAGCUACAGCAGGCUGCACAACAACAUAUCCAGCAGCAGCUUUUAGCCAAGCAGGUCAAGACGUUUCCCUCAGCAGCAGCAGCAGCUGCAGCCGCCGCUGCAGCAGCAGCUGCCAACAUGGCCCCGGCUCACCCUCCACAAGCUCUGCAGCAGAUCCACAUUCAGCAGCCAACUAUGUCCUUAGCCUCUGGCACAUCAAUCACUACAAUGCAACACGCCAUCUUGCAGCACCAUGCUGCCGCCAUGGGCUUACACCCAGGACAUCAUCACCACCACCACCACCAACACCCGGCACAUGCCCAGUUGGCACAGGUACAUCACAUUCCUCAGCACCACCUCACCCCCAUCUCUCUCUCUCAAUUCGGCCACUCCCUGGGUCACUCUCUGGGACACCAACUGCAACACGCUGGGCUGAUUCCUGCACACCCAACAGCCUUCCUCUCUGGUCAGCCCAUACAUAUUAUCCCUGCUUCUGCACUUCAUCACUCCCCUUUCGCUCUGCAUCACGUCCCAAACGCAGCCCUCUACCCCACACUCUUCUCACCUCGGCCCUCACAGGCCGCUGCAGCAGCAGCUCUCCAGCUCCACCCACUGCUACACCCAAUCUUUUCUGGGCAGGACCUACAGCACCCACCUAACCAUGGCUCAUGAGUUAUUCUGAAAGUGAAGGAGUUAAAUCACAGCUCUGGUGAAAAUACUUUUUUUUCCUGAUGAAGUCAGACUUGCAGUCAGUGUAACGAGAUGCUCGUCAAACCACCGUUUUACAGGCCCACACAGUGCAGUAAGUUGUAGCCACAAAGUGGUGCUGCCUGUGUUGGCUUCUAAAUUGACACUAAGACUUUUCUCAUGGUUUGCCCUGUACUUUUAAAGGCAGGAGGUCAAUUUGAAACGAUAUUCCAUGUAGGGGGAAUAUUAACACAAACCAAUUUGUUUGAAUGACGGAACAGAGAAACCACUGGAGUUUUGUUAUUUGUUUUCCAUAUAAACAUAUUAUGAUCACAGUUUUUGCUUAUAUUGGUAGCCAAAGAGAGAUGUAAUGGCUGAAGCUAUGAGCAGGAUAGGUCAGAGGAGGAAGCGGCGGAGGAGGUCAAACAGCUUAGUCUGUAAUGUAAUUUUCAUAGUGAUGAUGCUUUUUUUGUUCUCAUACGACUACUCGCUUUCUAUUGGAUCCCUGGUCUCUAAAUAAUUUGUAAUGCAGUAACUUGUACAUAUAUCAGUGUGUAAUGUGAAGAAUCCCACCAAUGAUGACCAUAUGUGAUUAUAGCUACGAUGUCCAAAUCAGCAUGACAUUGUCAUUUAGGACCCCCCCCCCCCCCCCCCUCUCUCUCUCUCCAGGGGAAAAGUAAGCAGGGGUUUUUAAUAAUAUCCCUAAUGCUCGGAGGUAAAGAUCAUGUUCUCUGUUGUGAGGGUACACCUGAAUUAAUUGCACUGAAACCUGUACAUCAAAAUGGUGCUUUUGCAUCGUGUAACAAUAAGAUUGUAGAAUUCUGCAAUAACUGUAUUUUUCUGUUUUUAAAUUAUUUUCCAAAAUGCUCUUCAAAAGAAGGGCUGUGUUUUUUUCUCUUCCUUUGGUGUAAUUUUGUAAAUAAAACUGCUGUAGAUUAACCUAUUAACAUUCUAGAGGUUUGAAACUGCUGUGGGGAUGUGUGUGUGUGGGGGGGGGGGGGGGGGGAGCAGGAUGACAAGUUGGAUGGAAAAUAGACGCCAUGUCUUUUUCCAAGGUUAUUUCUAAAUUACCCCCCGGCUGAGAUGGGCUGGGAUGGAAAAGGAUAGUGAUCUGUCAAACAGUAGCAACGCUGUAUUUUAUAAAGAUUUACUCUGUUUCAGCAAAUAAAACAUUGAGUUCA